GUUUUGCACUUUAUUUACCGCUGAUUGUACUCCAGUAAAAUUGAACUUUGUAUUGUUGAUAUUUACUUUCACAUAAGUAAAUUUCAAAUAAUUUGUUGAUUGAUUAAUUUAUUAAUUAAUUAAUUUUUAAAAAAUGGCUUCAGCGUUUUUGCGCCGCGGGCUGCAGUCCGUUAUUUCAAAAAGUAUUAAUUUUGAUAAACGAAUUGCGCCAAUUGCUUACGAUGGUUUGUUUGCUGAUAAAAAAACAAUUAAACAACAGCAAUUUAAUUCGACGAUGAUAAGACGAAUGUCGAGCAAAAGGAACGUCCAUCACACACGAGCAUCGGCUUCCGUUGAUGAAGAAAGCGACAGUGAUAGCGACUCUGAUGAAGAACAAGACCGAGGUCAGUCGGUCUUCUGGAGAAGAAAAAUGCGAACUUUACACAGCCACUUGGAUGUUAAUAAGGAUGGAGUCAUUAGUUACGACGACUUUAUGCUCCUUGCUGAUAGAUUUGCUGAUAUUGGCCAUUUAACUCCAGAAGCUAAAAAGGAAUUUCAAAAUGUUUUAAGUGACAUGUGGCAAGAACAAUGGGGCGACAUAAGUCCUUACAAUUUAGUUGGCGUGGAACAAUAUCUUGAAGAAAUGCACCACGUUCUCAACGAUACGUCACUAAAGCGAAAAUGUCACCAUUUUCUGCCUUUCCUCUUCAAGGCGGUGGACAAAGACGGUGACGGAGAAAUAUCUGUCGAAGAAUAUAAAUUAUUUUUCAAGUGUCUAGAUAUUGAUAACGAUCACGCAGUUAUAUCUUUUGCACACAUUGACCAGAAUGAAGACGGAAAAAUAACAGUCAGUGAAUUCGUGUCACUGGGACGAGAAUUUUUCUUGGCUGAAGAUCAUUCUAAGCCUAGCAAACAUUUCUGGGGCCCGUUGGUAGACUAGUGAUGCUACGUACAAAUCACUACAAGCAUAUUGUGAUAAUUAAUAUAAAUAUAUAUAAAUAUAUCUACUGCCUAGACCAGUGUCAUAAUUACACUGAUCAUUUCAUAUGUCACCAUUUAAGUUUUACGUACAUACUAUUUCCUUUGAACGUAAAUAUCAUUUUUCACUGCACUUAUAUAUUAAGAUCGAUGUUGAUACAUCACAAUCUGACCAUUCAAAUUAAAUCGUAAGAUUUGUAUAAAUUUAAUGAGUAUUUGUAUAAUAAAUAUUUUAAAUUACUUUUGUAA